CAAAAUGGACUACAGGACAGCACUUGUGUUUGUCACAUACUGGACAGGUGUCUUUGCUCAGACUCUGACUGAAUCUGGUCCAACUGUGAAAAGACCAGGAGAGUCCCACAGACUGACCUGUACAACAUCUGGGUUCACAUUUAGCAGCCUUUACAUGAAUUGGAUCAGACAGGCUCCUGGGAAGGGGCUGCAGUGGCUGGCUCACAUUAACCCCAGUGCAGGCACUGCUUACUCUGAGUCAGUGAAAAGCAGGUUCACUAUCUCCAGAGACAACAGCAGAAACCAGCUGUAUCUGCAGAUGAACAACCUCCAGACUGAGGACACGGCUGUGUACUACUGUGCCCGAGAUAGUGGCAGCAGCUACUGGUACUUUGACUAUUGGGGAAAAGGAACCAUGGUAACCGUCACAUCAGCGACCCCAACGGCCCCCACGGUCUUCCCGGUCAUACCAUGCAGCUCUGGGUCCGGGGACAUGGUGACACUGGCUUGCCUGGCCUCUGGCUUUUCCCCAUCAUCUGUGAGCUUCUCGUGGACUCGAAAUGGUACCGCCGUCGCCGACUCCAUCCAGUAUCCAUCUGUACUCAAAGACAAUCUCUACUCCGGAGUCAGCCAGAUCCGGAUUAAAAGAGACGAGUGGGAACAGCGGCAGGCCUUUUACAAAUGCAAAGUGGACCACGCGGCUGGAACUAAAGAAGUGGAUUUUGCCAAGCCAAAGCGACAAGUCCUUUCUCCAAACAUCACACUGUACCUGUCAUGGGAGGGAGACUGGGACUCCCAAGUCAAACUCACGUGCCUGGUGAGUGGCUUCUACCCGGACACUCUGAAAGUGAGCUGGACCAGAGACAACCAUCCCUUUCUGGACUCAACACCCAUCGAGAAUAAGUUCAAAAGCCCCAAUGGGGGCAAGAGCUUCACCCUGAGCAGCCAGAUCGAGCCAAACAUGACUGAGUGGGAGAAUGGAUCCAACUUUACAUGCGUGGCGCUCCACGAGAAGACGACUUACAGCAAGUCCAUCAAUAUCUGUAAAAUGACACCAAAAAUGCCCCCUGCCGUUGACUUGGAGACUCCCAGUUUCCAAACCGUAAUGACUGCAGAGUCCAGAGUAAAUGCCACCUGCACAGUGCGCAGUGUGGCCAGGACCUCUGUGACUUGGCUCCUGUAUCCUGAGUUCUCUGCUCCUCAGAUCAUUAAAGAAUCCAACAGCACCCAUAUCAUCAGCAAACUGACCCUGUCCCCUUCCCAGUGGGAAACACUGUUCUUGCUCACCUGCAAAGCUGAACAUGCUUGCCUUCCCCCCACAGAGAAGAGCAUUAACAUUUCAGAACCUCCAGCUUCUGAUCCAGUGGUGUCCAUCAGGAGGUCUCUGCCAGAUUUGUUGAAGGGCGACAGAGCUGUGCUGGAGUGUGACAUCACCAGCGUGUCCUCCACUGACUUCUAUGUGACCUUUCAGUCCAAUGAUGUUGAUAUUUCCUCUAAAGACUUUGUCCAACUCCCUAAGGGCUCUGGUCUCCAUUCGAUCAGCAGAAGAUUUUCUGUCCCUAAAGACCAAUGGAAAAAUGACCAAAAUUUCAGCUGCAGAGUGAGCUAUGGCUUCUCCACCAACUUCACCUCUACACCCACAGGAAGCAUCUUUGUGGAGCCUUCAGUCAAGCUUCUUUUGGCGAGUGACGAGUCAGGAAAGCAGACGCUCUUUUGCACAGCAUGGGGAUUUGACCCGCACAUUCAAUGGCUCUCUGGGUCUCAGAGAAUCUCUAGUGGAUCAAAUGACUCCAUCAGUGUGAACGCAGAGGGACGUGUGGUGGUGAGCAGUCAGCUGCAAGUGUCUCAAGCAGAAUGGAAAACUGGACAGGUCUACACCUGUCAAGUGUCUGACAAGUCUCUGGACAAAACAACAACACUCAAAGAGGACAUCAGUGUAUGUGCAGUGGCAGCACAUUUGAAGGCCUCUCCUGUGGUUCUGGUGGAGCUCCCUUCGUUCCAGACCGUGAUGACCUCUUCCUCUAAUGUGACAGCCAUCUGCUCAGUGUGCACUGUGUUUGACGCCACAGUCUCCUGGUGGAUGGGUAAUACUCGUGCAGAGAGUCACUCAGUGAGGCAGUACAUGAACUCCAGUCAUAUCAUCAGUGAGCUCACACUUCCCCCAAGUCAAUGGAAAACACUGAGUGAUGUGUCCUGCAAAGCAGAGCAUGCGUGUUUCCCCACCACAAAGAAGACUGGCCAUGUGGCAGCUCCUCCAGGCACUUCUCCAGUGGUGUCCAUCAGGAGGUCUCUGCCAGAUUUGUUGAAGGGCGACAGAGCUGUGCUGGAGUGUGACAUCACCAGCGUGUCCUCCGCUGACUUCUAUGUGACCUUUCAGUCCAAUGAUGUUGAUAUUUCCUCUAAAGACUUUGUCCAACUCCCUAAGGGCUCUGGUCUCCAUUCGAUCAGCAGAAGAUUUUCUGUCCCUAAAGACCAAUGGAAAAACAACCAAAAUUUCAGCUGCAGAGUGAGCUAUGGCUUCUCCACCAACUUCACCUCCACACUCACAGGAAGCAUCUUUGUGGAGCCUUCAGUCAAGCUUCUUUUGGCGAGUGACGAGUCAGGAAAGCAGACGCUCUUUUGCACAGCAUGGGGAUUUGACCCGCACAUUCAAUGGCUCUCUGGGUCUCAGAGAAUCUCUAGUGGAUCAAAUGACUCCAUCAGUGUGAACGCAGAGGGACGUGUGGUGGUGAGCAGUCAGCUGCAAGUGUCUCAAGCAGAAUGGAAAACUGGACAGGUCUACACCUGUCAAGUGUCUGACAAGUCUCUGGACAAAACAACAACACUCAAAGAGGACAUCAGUGUAUGUGCAGUGGCAGCACAUUUGAAGGCCUCUCCUGUGGUUCUGGUGGAGCUCCCUUCGUUCCAGACCGUGAUGACCUCUUCCUCUAAUGUGACAGCCAUCUGCUCAGUGUGCACUGUGUUUGACGCCACAGUCUCCUGGUGGAUGGGUAAUACUCGUGCAGAGAGUCACUCAGUGAGGCAGUACAUGAACUCCAGUCAUAUCAUCAGUGAGCUCACACUUCCCCCAAGUCAAUGGAAAACACUGAGUGAUGUGUCCUGCAAAGCAGAGCAUGCGUGUUUCCCCACCACAAAGAAGACUGGCCAUGUGGCAGCUCCUCCAGGCACUUCUCCAGUGGUGUCCAUCAGGAGGUCUCUGCCAGAUUUGUUGAAGGGCGACAGAGCUGUGCUGGAGUGUGACAUCACCAGCGUGUCCUCCGCUGACUUCUAUGUGACCUUUCAGUCCAAUGAUGUUGAUAUUUCCUCUAAAGACUUUGUCCAACUCCCUAAGGGCUCUGGUCUCCAUUCGAUCAGCAGAAGAUUUUCUGUCCCUAAAGACCAAUGGAAAAACAACCAAAAUUUCAGCUGCAGAGUGAGCUAUGGCUUCUCCACCAACUUCACCUCCACACUCACAGGAAGCAUCUUUGUGGAGCCUUCAGUCAAGCUUCUUUUGGCGAGUGACGAGUCAGGAAAGCAGACGCUCUUGUGCACAGCAUGGGGAUUUGACCCGCACAUUCAAUGGCUCUCUGGGUCUCAGAGAAUCUCUAGUGGAUCAAAUGACUCCAUCAGUGUGAACGCAGAGGGACGUGUGGUGGUGAGCAGUCAGCUGCAAGUGUCUCAAGCAGAAUGGAAAACUGGACAGGUCUACACCUGUCAAGUGUCUGACAAGUCUCUGGGCAAAACAGUCAAGGAGAACAUCAGUGUAUGUGCAGUCACUCCACUGGCAUCUAAGACUGUUGGUAUAUAUAUCCAGGGUCCUCCACUGGAAGAGCGUCAGAGCACUGCUCCCAGGUUGAACGUCUCUUGCCUUCUGGUUGGGCCCUCACUGGACAGUUUCUCAGUGACUUGGAAAGUCGAUGAGCAGAUUGAGUCUGGAGGUGUUCAUACCAAGGCCCCAGUGCUUCACAGUAAUGGUACUCAGACCCUAGAGAGCCAAUUGAGUUUGCCAGCACAGGACUGGAACACCCACAAGCUAGUGACCUGUGAGGCAAAGCAUCUGUGCUCCAACCUCGUCUUCAAGGCACACACAAACAAGAGCAAAGUGCAACUUCCACCAACUGUAACACUGACCUAUCCCAGCCUCCAUGAGCGAUCCCUUUUGGACCCUAUGUUCCUGGACUGUCUUGUCUCUGGAUUCUACCCCCCGGAGGUCCGUAUUUUCUGGGAGAAGAACGGUAUCAGGAUUCCACCUUCCAGCCAAACCAACGCACCGGUUUGGCAAGACAAAGAUGGCGUCACGUAUUGUACAAGUAGUCGUCUGAAUAUAUCCAACACUUUAGAUGACAAUUCCACUUACGCUUGUGUUGUGAGGCAUGAAUCUUCAGCGGCACCGUUCACGGAGACCAUAGGACCUGUUUUUGCAUCAGUUACUCCCACCAUGCCUUCCGCCGUGUUGCUACGUGGUGAUAAUGAACUAGUUUGCCUGGUGAGCGGCUUCAAUCCGGCGCAGGUAAACAUCUCUUGGUUUCUGGAUAACUCCACUCAGCUCCACGACCACAAAACCAGCGAGGUUCUCCAGGGCCCAGACAGAAAAUUCAGCAUCCAAAGUCGACUCCGUCUGACCCUCACAGACAUGCUUCCAGGGGCCCGCUACACCUGCAGAGUCACUCAUGUCACUGCGACCAUAGAUGUCCAUGUCAUGCAGAAAGGUGAUACAGAUAACAUAGAGAACUGUAACUUCCUGGACUACCUCCUGCACACGGACUUGGAGCAGGACCCUGGUGUGGAGCUGGUACUUGGCCUGUGCGUUUUUGCUGUGUUUCUUCCUGUCUGCGGCCUACUGUGUGGGGGCCACUCUAUUCAAGACUAAAUGAAGAGGAGAUACAGGAAACACUUCUGAAGUCAUGUUGGAGUUCAAUUUCAUGUUUUAAUUUUGUUGUCUUCCUAUGACUUGGGCUUCUGUAAAAUAAAAACAAUAAAUCUAGAUAUUA